UUUUUUCUCUCCCCCCUUUUUGUUUUUAUGUUACUUACCUAUUUUUUUUUUUUUAACUAAUAAUUUGUGCUAAGUUUACAAGAGGGGUUUUCUUUGUUUUUUUUUUUUUUUGCUGGGAAUGUAACCUGCUGCGGCUGAUUUCUUGUGGCGAUUAUGGUACACGAUAAUUGGAGGCAAUUACGAUCGUAUCUGGAAGUUCAAAGUCAGGGUCACAGAGUGCUGAGACUUUGCCAUCGAGUCAAUGGAGUGAGUGUUGUGUGGCCUUCCAAAUUACAUAAACCCCCUUCCCGUUUUUGGACAAGUAAAUCUGGACUCGGAAUGGCCAGCCAGAAAGAGGAGAUCCUGGGCUGUGACUUCGAGGUACGUGGCAAGGUGCCGAAGGAGGCCUUUGAACUGUUUGCACUGGCCCAGGCCAAGACACUGGGACUCCGGGGAUUCAUCACCCAGGUGUCGGAGGAGAAGUUCAAGGGUCGUCUGGAGGGCGAGGGCAAGGUGAUCGAUGCCUUCAAGAAGCUCAUCCUGGCCGCCGCCGAGUACUUGCAGGCCAUCAAGGAGUUCAUCAUCAAGAACCUGAAAGUCAUCCGGGAAUACACCUACCAGACCUUCGAAAUUAAAGUGGACAAGAAGUGACCAAUGAAUGGCUAAAAUUCUGGCGAACAUAAACUGAAAUAUAUUUCCUACCAUCAAAAUAUAUGAUUUCUAUAUGAUAUAUGAUUUCUUUAAUAUAUUCGAUGUUAUGUUACAUGGUGUUUUCCGAAUAAAAGUACACAGAUAUAAUCACAAAUUAAAAA